UCACCUUCUUUGACUUAUUAAUUUCCGUUUUUUAUUUGUUGUUUUCUUGGCGUGAAUUCUCAUUUCAUUUCUUCAUUUCCACGUUCACAUUUACUUUUUUGUAUUCAGUUGGCCCUCCCUCAACUGACAGUAACAUAUUAUUUCAGCAAAAUACUCAAUGGCAUCGGUUACCAAAAGGCUUCUUAGAGAGCUGCAGGACGUGCGGAAGGGCCUGGGUGAGGAGCUCAUCUCCCUGGAGCCUGUCAGUGACGAAACAUUACUGUACUGGCGCGCUGUGAUGCGUGGACCCUGCGACACGCCGUACAGCACUGGCACCUUUGUGAUCCACAUUGACAUCCCGGAGCAGUAUCCGAUAAAGCCGCCGAUGCUAACCUUUGUCACCCCGGUGUGCCAUCCGAACGUGCACUUUGAGACAGGUGAGAUCUGCCUCGACAUUCUGAAAGCCCAGUGGUCGCCGGCCUGGACGCUGGCAUCGAUCCCGCUGAACUGCGAUGCAGCCAAUCUCUUGCGCUGUGGCGACAUUUUGGGUUACAACAACCUCGUUAGGCUGUACACGCGCAUGUUUGCCCAAGAUCCGGCAUGCUGACCCUAUUUUUGGGCACCAAGGGGACAGACAUUUGCUCCGCCUGUCUGUCUGUCUGUUUUUCUCUUUUGACCG